AUGGAUGAAGAUCUGAUCGAAUAUGCCCCCAACAUUCCGGAUAAUGUGUUAGAGCUAAUAUUCUCCUACUUGAAGCUACAGGAUUUGCGGAACUGCGCUUUGGUUUGCAAAAAUUGGUACCGCUUUUUGUGUGAUGAAAACAAUGAAGUUUGGCGAGCGCAAUGUUUGCAAAAAGUUCCAACGGAAGCGUUCAAAAACGAUCUUUUGUCGGUAGUGCCAUCGUACAAAGCUAAGCUCAGGGCAUUUUUCCAUGCAUGGAAUCCUUUCGAUUGUAGUCGUCAUGUGUACAUCAAACCAAAUGGAUUCACCCUUCACAGGAAUCCUGUGGCACAGAGUACCGAUGGAUCCAGGGGAAAAAUUGGGUUCAAACACGGUAGACAUGCCUGGGAAGUACGAUGGGAAGGUCCUCUUGGAACGGUAGCGGUUGUUGGAAUUGCAACUAAAGAUGCAGCUAUUCAAUGCCAUGGAUAUUAUGCUCUACUUGGUGCUGAUGAUCAAAGUUGGGGUUGGAAUCUGGUAGAUAACCUAUUACUGCAUAAUGGAGAUGCGCACGGAAUAUAUCCUCUGCUGAAUAAUGCCCCAAAGUAUAAGGUAGGAGAAAGAAUACGAGUUAUUCUAGACUGCGAUGACAAUACAUUGUCAUUUGAAAAGAAUUAUGAAUUUCUGGGAGUAGCUUUUACAGAUUUACCUGAUAAAAUGUACUAUCCAACUGUGGCCGCAGUAUAUGGAAACACGGAAAUUUCGAUGGUGUACCUAGGCCCCCCAUUGGACGGGUAG